CUGGGUCGUCAUCGAUGGUCCUCAUACAGAACCACUUCGCGACCCAGGUCUGCGGCUUGCGCAUUCUUUCUCCAUGGAGGAACUGCCGCUCCCCUCAACAUCCCAGGAGGCGGAGGCUCUGGUCCUGGCCCUCUACGAACCCUCAGCGCCACGGAAUCUCAAACAGAUCCAGGAAACCCUAUCUCGUCUUCAGAGAUCUCCUUCAGGCUGGUGGAUUGCGCGUGACUUGCUCUCGAGCGGAGACGAUAAGGUGAAGUUUUAUGGGGCCUUGACGGUGACCGUAAAAUUAAACACGGAAAGGCACGUUGGCGAUCCUGUCGGCUCUCUGUCUCAGGACGACUCCCUAGAGCUCCUCCACAAUCUCACGCAGUGGAUCGUGAGGUCACUGAAGGAUGGUUCCGGCAUCAUAGUCAUCAGGAAGCUAAUAUCUGCCCUGGUGACCUUCUUCCUACACUUCCCUAACCAGGGUCGGCUCCUCAUAAGACAUCUAUGUGUGUCUCUCAGCUCACCACAGGCACAAUACCCGCUCUGCAGCAUCGGCACAUCAGUUGGCAUCGAUGCUGUGUUGCGCAAGCUGGAACUACAACAAUUACGCGCCGCAUUAUGGCUUACGGGCACCCUCGUCGAGGAAGCUGGGAAGACAGACCUGAACACCAGUAAACACUCGGAACUCUAUGAAGCGACCCUUGUCAAUGCACAUGAUGCUGUCUCGGUGAUGUCGUAUUGCUUUGCAUCUGGACUUGAAUCGCAUGAUCUUUAUAUUGACUGUAUCAAAUGCCUACAGUCAUGGAUCUGGUUUUCGCAACGUGUCUCCCUUCCGAGCCGCGAAGUCAUCAAGCCCCUUCGCACAUUGACCGAACGUGUCUUUGAAUCGCUCGGCAGCAGCGAUCUUUUUGAGAUUGCUGGCGAACUAGUCUACGAUCUUCUUUCCAACUACCCGAGUUUCUUGGUCGACUCGCACUACCAGUUGCUUUUUUCGCUCCUCAAUAGCCAGUGGGGUCACGAAAGGUAUCAAGGACUAAUUAAUGGGGAUUUUGAAUUCGAAUCUGUCCUAUUUGGACAGAUUAUUCUCUCCUUAGGAGAAGCUCGAGCUCAGGAGCUUCUAGAGGAGGUUAGCGAGCAGAGUCAAUGGUUUCUCUCGAAGCUUUGCGGCCUGACCGCAGCCCGAGGGUAUCCUGUUGCCGAUGACAGGAUAUUUGUUCCUGCCAUUGAGUUCUGGUCGACGUUCACCGAGACAAUCAUCGACAAAAAAUUCUCGGACGAAGCCGUACAGCCAUGGAUAGCUCCGGCAACUUCGCAUGUCCUCCAAGUCGCAUCAAAUGCGUGGCGAAAGGCCUCUUUUCCACCAAUGGAAGUUUUCCUUAGCUGGGACUCGUCUGACCGCAUGGCGUUUGGCGACGCCAGGAAAGACGUCGCUGACUUCCUCCAAUCUACCUAUGCGGUGACAGGGCCGCAGCUCGUGUCUACUUUUGCAGACCUUGUGCUUCAACAGCUGGCAUUGGAAGACUGGUGGGGGUUAGAGGCAGCGGCAUUCUGCCUUAGAUCCCUUGCCGAUUGCGUGGCUGAUGAUACUUGCGACGGACCACUGAAACUUGUGUUUUCUUCGUCUUUAUUUGACAUACUUCAACGACCUGGUGGCGCCUUGCCUCCCCGGGUACGUCAAACUUGCCUGUCUUUGAUUGAGCGGUAUUCCGACUAUUUCGAGAGAGAGACUGCUAGUCUCCCGGCAGUCCUCAACCUUCUCUUCUCCGUGCUACCAGACGCCGCUCUGGCGUGCCCAGCUGCCCGGUCUAUUCAGCGGCUCUGUUAUUCAUCUCGGCGCAUUUUGGCCAGUGAAGCAAAUGCUUUCUUGGGCCAAUACAACUCAUUAUGUGCCCAGUCUCAAGUGGACUGCCUAGCAAGCGAGAAAGUAAUAGGCGGUAUUGCUUGUGUGCUGCAAGCAAUCGCAGAUGACCGAACAAGGCUGGAGCACCUUGAGGUCCUCCUCAAAUUCGUCCAGCACGAUGCUGCGAAAUCCCUACUGCUAAUAGAACACCCUGAGCUGGCUGACAGUCACAAGUGUCUACUAAGUACAGACACGUUGGAAAUAUCGGAACAUGUCGCCUUGAAGGCUCUGAGAUGCCUCGCCAGCAUUGGCAAGGGCAUGCGGUCCCCUGUCGAGAUUCCUGUUGACCUGGAUACCGAAGCUAGUCUAGCGUAUCCUGACCAGACAAUUUUCCUCACACAAAUUCAAGCCGAUAUACUGGGCGUCGUUCAGCAGAUUCAGGAACACUUCCCCCGCAGUGGUGAAGUGGUUGAUUGUAUCUGUGAUAUUCUUCGAACUGGCUUUUCGGAGCGUGAGACUGGGCCCUUCGUCUUCCCGCCAGAGAAGGUGGUAGGGUAUUUGACACGCCAGAAUCAUCCCUGUCCAAGGCUCGGCCUCUUUGUGAGUGCCGCGUGCUCUUUUAUGAGCGCGUUGAGUAACUUCCCAGGCGCAGAAAGGGUCAAUCUGUGUGGGGACCUCCUGUGUUGGGUGGCCAAUCUGUUACAACUUCUUCCCGAGCCAGAGACGGACCCGGAAUUGGCACAGAACUGUAUUGACUUUACCAAUCGAUUGCUCGUCAAAUAUCCUGCGGUAUUUUUUCGCGGCGAAUCCACCACCUCCGUCGAGAUACUUUUUGUCUUUGCUCUCAGAGUCCUCGAAGGGCGGGAGCCGUUGCCAAAGGCUGCGGCUGCAGAGUUCUGGGCAUCGUUUGUUUUGAUCAGUAGUAACGAUCCAUCGGUGCAAGCUUUGGCUGAGGAGGCAUUAACCCAGCUUGGUCCUUCGUUGGCAUUCUCCCUUAUUCGAGGCAUCGGCGGAAACGCUGCCAGGAGUGAGCUUGAUAAACUGUGCGAACCACUCAAAAAGUUGGUUAGUCGACAUGCUAAGGCACAGGUUUGGCUUUCGAGUGCGCUGUUUGACCAGAGCUUCCCUGGAUACCAGCUAUCACAGGCGGACAAAUCUGUGUUUCUGAAAAAGGUCAUCAGUCUCCGAGGGUCGCGGGCUACUAACCAAGUCGUCCGCGAUUUCUGGCUCGCAUCCAGGGGCUCAAAAUUUGCAUAUACAUCGUAAGAUAGUCUUUGCGAAGCACUAAGAGUUUAGCCUUGAACUUAGGGUCACUGGUAGCCUAAAGAUAAGCGAUUCGGCGAUAGGCAAACGACUAGCGUCUACGAUAAAGAAGUUAUCGUAUAGACCUUCCCUAGGGUAGAAUAACCUAAUAGCGGUACUCCUUGUAUAUAGGGAUAGAAGGGAACGAACUAGUAGAUAAAGUGGCUAAAAGGGCGUUAAACCUCGAAAAAGCUACUAAGUCUAUUAGUUUAGUUACCCUUAGCUAUCUAAAAUACCGGAUAAAUAUAGCCC